UUUUUCUCAACCGAACCCCGCGUCUUCUCUCUCUCUUUCUCUCUCUCUCUCUCUCUCUCUCUCUCCCACCUGACCUCAUUCCUCGGCCGGUUUUCUCCCCCCAAAACGCACCGUUUUUCUCGUCUCAGAUAUAUACUAUACAGUCUAUACUAUAGAAUACUAUACACACUCUCUGUUUCUGUAACAACAAGCUUGCUUUCAUGGGUAACUGUAACACAUGCGUGAGACCAGAGACCAGAGAAGAACAAUACGAUAGCAGGAAGAAGAGGAAGAAGAAGAGCAGCAACAAGAACAAGCCCACCACACCCAACAGGGACAGAAAACCAAACCCAUAUGCAGAGGAUGCUAUUCGAUCACCAGCUCCGAUCCGCGUCUUGAAAGAUGUGAUACCGUUGAGCCACAGAACCAGAAUCGGCGACAAGUACAUACUCGGACGCGAACUGGGUCGUGGAGAGUUUGGCAUAACGUACCUCUGUACUGACAGAGAGACCAAGGAAGCUUUGGCUUGCAAGUGUAUAUCGAAGCGGAAGCUGAGGACUUCGAUCGAUGUUGAGGACGUGAGGCGCGAGGUGGCGAUAAUGUCGAAUUUUCCGGAGCACCCGAACGUGGUGAGGCUUAGAGCUACGUAUGAGGACAGUGAAAAUGUGCACUUGGUCAUGGAGUUGUGCGAGGGAGGUGAGCUUUUUGAUAGGAUUGUGGCGAGAGGGCAUUAUUCUGAGAGAGCUGCAGCGAGUGUGGCGAGGACUAUAGCUGAGGUUGUGAGGAUGUGUCAUGCUAAUGGAGUCAUGCAUAGGGACUUGAAGCCUGAGAAUUUCUUGUUUGCUAAUAAGAAAGAGCAUUCGCCGCUUAAAGCUAUUGACUUUGGCCUCUCUGUGUUCUUCAAGCCUGGAGAGAAGUUCUCGGAGAUUGUGGGGAGUCCGUACUAUAUGGCGCCAGAGGUGUUGAAGCGGAACUAUGGGCCAGAGGUGGAUAUAUGGAGCGCCGGCGUGAUUGUUUAUAUUUUGCUAUGUGGGGUUCCCCCAUUUUGGGCAGAAACUGAACAGGGUGUUGCUCUUGCAAUUUUAAGAGGGAACAUUGAUUUCAGGAGGGAGCCUUGGCCUCAGAUUUCUGAAAGUUCUAAGAGCCUUGUUAGGCAGAUGUUGGAACAGGAUCCGAAAAAGCGGUUGACUGCUCAACAGGUGCUUGAUCACCCCUGGUUGCAAAAUGCAAAGAAAGCUCCAAAUGUCCCAUUAGGAGAUAUUGUGCGAUCAAGGCUCAGACAGUUUUCUGUGAUGAAUAGAUUCAAAAAGAAAGCCCUUAGGGUAAUUGCUGAACACUUGUCUGUUGAAGAGGUAGAAGUAAUUAAAGAUAUGUUUUCAUUGAUGGACACUGACAAAGAUGGAAAAGUAACAUAUGAGGAGCUGAGGGCUGGGCUUCGGAAGGUUGGUUCACAAUUGGCUGAACCAGAGAUAAAAAUGCUGAUGGAAGUGGCUGAUGUUGAUGGGAAUGGAGUACUGGACUAUGGAGAGUUUGUAGCAGUGACAAUUCACUUGCAAAGGAUGGAGAAUGAUGAGCAUUUCCGCAGAGCCUUUAUGUUUUUCGACAAAGAUGGAAGUGGAUAUAUUGAAUCAAAUGAACUAUUGGAAGCAUUAACAGAUGACUCUGGUGAAACUGAUACUGAAGUGCUGAAUGACAUCAUGCGUGAGGUUGACACAGACAAGGAUGGCCGUGUUAGUUAUGAGGAGUUUGUUGCUAUGAUGAAGACUGGAACUGAUUGGAGAAAGGCAUCUCGGCAGUAUUCAAGGGAGAGGUUUAAGAGUUUGAGCCUUAACCUGAUGAAAGAUGGUUCUUUGCAACUUCACGAUGGGAUGACUGGUCAAGCUAUUGCUGUAUGAUUUGAAUUUUUCAUCAUCUUAUUUUCUUCCCCAUUUUCUUUCCUUAUCAUUUAUAUACACAAAAAUAUGGUAUGUGGGGGGUUUCACCAAAUGUGAGUUUUGGGUAUAAGACUCGGUGAGGGGGAACACUGGAUAUUCAUCGGUGACACUGGCAAACAUAGUUCAAUUUUGGCCAUGUGGAUCAUGCAACUAGUGGCUGUGAACUGCCGGAGUUGUCAGGCGUUCCCGGAGUUUGUGGAAGUGUGUGUUACAGUUCUGGAAUGAGUGUCACACUAUCUUGUAUAUUGGUGUCAUGUUUUUCAAGGUUGAUGAUUCGAUAUUUAAGUUCUUUUCUAACAUUGUGCAGAAACCAGGUAGAGUUAUUUAUUGGAAAUGUGAACAUAAGAUAAAUUUUAAAAUGUUUUAAUUUUGCAUCAA